GGGAUCGAGACCUAGGGGUCUCUCGGCUUCGUCUCGGCUCUUGCCACCUCGCCGUCGUCUUUCGGAGAGAGUGACGAGCAGGAGGGGGAAGAGAACGAGAGGCAGCGCCUCCGGUUCGGAGCACAGAUGGGCAUCUUCAGUGCAGCACAUCGUCCUAGCUGCCCGUCGGCAGGGCAUUGUGCAGAAUGGGCUCAAGCCUACCUGAAGUACUGCCUUUGUAGCACGAGGGAUGGCAUGGCGCUGACACUUGGUCUGUUAAGCGUCAUCAGCUGGGGUGUUGCCGAGGUGCCACAGAUCAUAACGAAUUACAAGCAGAAGUCAACAGAAGGCCUUUCCCUUGCUUUUCUGAUGACAUGGAUUGUUGGGGACUUGUUUAACCUUAUUGGCUGCUUCUUGGAACCCGAGACUCUGCCAACACAAUUUUACAUGGCUCUGCUAUACACCAUCACGACUGUGAUUCUCACUGGACAAACUAUAUACUAUAGCCACAUAUAUCACCGUCUUAAAGCAAAGAAAGCCAGGUCAACUAGCAAGCCUCAGAGGCAUCAACGCGCUGAUGCUUCAUUGAGAGAAAAGCUUUUGGCACCCAAGGUUAUUGGGGAAAUCAGAAACAAUAGCCACUCAGGUGCAACCGUCCCUGUUUCAAGCUCUCCAAUUACAGUUAAUACAGAAAUAAUACGACAUCGGCAUGGCCCAAGCAGCCUUGGAAUAGACUAUUACUACACGUCAGCAAGAUCUCUAUCAAGCAGCCCAGUGCCAAUGGCAGGCACAUGGUCAGCUAAUCAUCAUCCAACAAAUUCUCCACCAGAAACAGAUGACCAUAAGGAAUCUUUGGUCAGUGAGUUUACCCCAGCUCAAUAUGCACCAUCUCCUUUAACAAAGAAUUCUCUCUCAGUGGUACCGUGGAUGGCCCUUCUCUUGGGUAUGAGUCUUUUGCACUUUUUGGUUGGAACAACCCAUCAAGAGGUGCCAAACGGUGUUGUCAUACCUGUUGGGAGAAGGCUUUUACUGUUGGCGGAUGACCAUGCAGAUUCUUCUCUCAGAGAUGCCAGUGGAAGUGGAAUCGGAAACAUCCUUGGUUGGGCAAUGGCGGUGAUCUAUAUGGGUGGACGACUUCCCCAGAUCUUGUUAAAUAUGAAAAGAGGGAAUGCUGAGGGGCUCAAUCCACUAAUGUUUACUUUUGCUUUAGUGGGAAAUGUGACAUAUGUUGGAAGCAUACUCGUGAAAAGCUUGGAUUGGUCAAAACUUAAGCCGAAUCUACCGUGGCUUGUAGAUGCUGGAGGAUGUGUUUUGCUUGAUACUUUUAUUAUUCUUCAAUUUAUUUAUUUCCAUUAUCAGAAGCGACAUGAACCAGAUGAGCCUGACAAUGCUGAUAAAGUUUAAUGGAUA